GUCGUUUCGAGCUCGAGUUUUUCCCGCUGACCGAGAGCACACAAGCUGGAGCUGAGGAAGCCCAGAAGCAGCAGUAGCAGUAGCAGCAGGAGCAGCAGGAGAAAGCAGAGAAAGCGGCGAAAGGAGCAGGGAGCCAGGAGCCAGGAGAAAGAGCAAGGAGAAAGGAGCCAGUGAGAGAGCGGAGAGUAGCCAGCCCAGCAGCCAGCGGUUCGUCCGAGGAGUGAAAUUCGAGGCGGAGCGUGCAGGGAGUGGGUGUACGAGUGCGACUACGACAACGACUGCCACAUAAAGUGGAAAUCCGAAACGCCUUGAGGAGCGGCAGCGACGUCGACGCGGACAGCGACAGCGACCGCGACGCCGACCGAGGCAGAGCCAGUGGCAGAGGGACACGCGUCAGGCGGCCAAGCAAAAGGCAGACAAACAGGCAAAUCCUGCUGAGACGACACGACGAGUCCUUGCUCGUCGGUUCAAACGUGCGGAACACUCUUGGAGCCAGGCGAUAAAAAAGAAUAUAACAAAAAAAAAAAAUAAAUAUAUAUACAAAAAACCCACACUAGUAGCAAAGCUAGUCCACUAAAACAUCACUUACCCAGAACAAGGGAAAGUUUUCACACCACAAACGAAAGCUGAAUAACAACACAAGAAAAUUAUAUACCCAAGAAACCAAAGUGCCGCGAAAAAAACUAACUAAUAAGCCUAAGGUCUAAAUCGAAAUCGAGUGACUGGCCAGUGAAAAAACGCCAAGUUAAGUGCCCGAAAAAAUAUACAGAUAAUAUCGAAAAAUAACGAAACCAUAAACAACGGUCGUUGCAAGGCAUCUCCACAAAAACGCGAUAGCCAAAAAGUUUGAAAAAGAAAAAAAAAAAACACAAAAAUUCGGAAAAGUUUGAAAACUUCGAAAAACUUCGUUCGGUGCAGGCCAGUGUAGUGCAAUGCCAGGCUUAGGCCGGCACAGUGUUGGUCAGCGGUGUGGGGCCUGAAGACCCACAAAAGCCGUGUGUGCAAAGCAUCGAAAGUCCAGAGAGAAACAUUGAUAUCGGGACUUUCCCUCACCACCAUUCACCGCCACCAGCCCCGAAAAACCACCUGCCACCUGUCUCUAUAACUCCCGCCCUCCCCCCAAACACCAUCCCCCCGGACUAGCGGACUAACUGUAUUUCCCCCUGGUAAACCCCCUGGUAAACCCGAAGCCGCCAAGAUAAGCCGUCUAAUCGAGAAGCUGCGCCAGACCAACAAACGGAAAAUGUUCUGCUCGCUGGCCCAGACGCUCUUCUGCGUCCUGCUCAUCCAGGGCGGCCUCUAUGCCCUCCACCUGAGCGGAAACGGAAAUGGCAACGGGAAUGGGAACGGCGAGAAGUCCCUGGGCGAAGUCAAGGCUGUGCAGGUGCCGAGUCAUCCCGUUGGACCCUCGACGGGAGCCGCCGCCUCCUGGCAGACCGCACCCUCGCAGCAGCAGCAGCACCAACAGCAUCCCGGAGGAUCGCCGCCCGGCGGUGGAUCCUCGCCGCAUGGCCAUCGGUCCGCCGCAGCGGCCGCCUUCGAUGCCACCACCGUGCGGCUGAACAAGGAGAUAGCAGACAUGGCCCAGCUGGAGCGGGAGCGACUGAUGCUCCUGGCCCGCGCCAAGCAGACGGCGGAACAGCCGCCGGCGGGCAGCAAUCAUCGCGGUCAUCCUUUCAUCGCCGGCCGGAUACAGAUGCAGCCCAGCGAGGAGCUGGACGUGGGCGACUAUCCGGCGCUGCUGCAGCAGGCCGCACGGGGUUACAUCUUCGGUAAUGUGCAGAAGCAGCCACCGACACCGGUAACCCUGGAACAGGAUUACGAGCAGCUGAGGGAUCUGGAGAAUAGACCCGUAAAAUACUACGGAAGGGUAGUGCAGCCAGCGGAGAGGGAGGAGCAGGCGGAGGCUCUGUACGAACCGCUGCACUCGUUCGGCGACUUCGAUGACUUCUCGGAACUGGAACAGGAACCGCAGGAGCCGCACUUGGGGGAGGAUGAGUUGCUGCGUGAACUGGAUGCCUAUCAGUAUCAUGGCCUGGAGGACGAACCACUCCCGGAGAAUCCCUAUCGCACGCUGGAGCAAUUGGAACUGGGCGCACCCGACUCCCUGCAGCAGCUCUUCGAGCAGGAACAGGAGCAGCGAGAUGCCCCCUUCAAGACGAUGCACUCCGGCAAAACCCACAACCCGAGCAACUACAACAUAAGGGUGCAGCAAAAGUGGGCCAGGAAACGAAAUGGCCAGGGCAUUGCCCAUAAUCCCGAGGCGGAAAAGCAGCUGCAGCGCCAGAUCUUCGCGCAGCACUUCAAGCCGCAGCGGAGUGGCAAGCUAUCGCUGUCUGCCAACUCGGAGGCUACGGCCAGCAAGCAUCUGAAGCCAUCCAGUCGCUCCGGCUCCAAGGAUAACGAGAAGCCACAUAGCGAGCUAGGUAGCAGUGCAUCCUCUGCCGUCUCCUCCGCCACUUCUUCCUCCGGCAAACAAGCCGCCGGCGAUGGACUACCUAAGCAGCAGCAGGUGGAGCAACAGUCGCAGCAGGACAAAAAGGAUCCCAGCCACAAGCGAUCCGGUUCCGGAUCGGCGGGAUCCAUGGGAUCGCCAGGAGGCGGUUACUCCGCGCAGCCACCGAUUUCACACAGCAUAGCCAGCCAGCUGAUGCUGCGCACCGCCCGCGGUCAACGGCAAUACGAUGUGCCACAAAUCGAGUGUCCUACCGCCAUGGAUGGCAUGGAGCGAUUCGCCUGCCCGAUUCCCGACCGGCAGGGCAGAUACCGCUGCAUAGACGAUCAUGUGCUGUGCGAUGGCUUCAUCGACUGUCCCGAUGGCGAGGACGAGGACCGAAGAUCCUGCAUGUUCUACAAGACGACGAAGGCCCAUCUGGAUGUGUUAGCGGAUGCGUUACUACGCUGGGCGCGAGGGCGUUAAGCUCCACCCACCCACCAACCACACACACACACACUCUCUAAUACACAGCACACACACACAGAAAAUACACCUAGCGAACUCACAUUGACAAACAAUUAGUUUUAACAUGUCGCCCCGAGCAAACAAGACCCCUGUUAAGUUAAACAUUAUCCAGGAACCAGACACACAGACAAGCCACUACCCACCCGCCUAUCCUUUGAUAUCCUUCAUGGGAAAGAUUUCCCCGAGCAAAUCCCGCAAAGAAAUCCCCAGCCACAUAAAAAUGCAGCUCGCAAUGGGCUAAAUGGACAAUUGCCAAGUAAGAAAAGCGAAAGCUAUGAUUAAAAACAAAAUGAGGCAGAAAAUGUGCUUGACGAAAGGUAUGAUUAUUAUUACACUAUUAUUAUUAAAAAUUAACUUAAUGAAAAGCCCAAGCAGAAGAUGCAGUUAUACAUACUAAAGCUAAAUUACAAUUCAGCAAAAGGACAAACAAAAAAAAAACGAUGUUUUUUUCAUUUUCAAACUUGUUUCGCAGGAACAGAAAACAUAAUGAGGAAAAACAAAAUUGGGCCUAAC